AUGGAACAAAAUUUCAAUUUUGGUCUUGAAAACGGCGAACGUCAAAAACUUGAGGAAAUUACAAAGAAGAAAAUUUCCAAUAUUGUGUUUAACUCAUUUGAAGAUGACUGGAGCAAAGACACGUCUGUAUUUGAUGACAAAAUAAAAGGAAAAGGUGAUCUUCUGUUUUUGAUUGAAGACGAUAAAAAGAACAAAUUUGGAGGGGUUUACUAUGGCAAAGUUGAUAAAAGUGGGUAUUGGUUGAAAGGCGACACUUCAUUCAUAUUUUCACUUGUGCGAAAUGGAGAGUUAAACCCAAAGAUUUUUUUGUUAAAAGAAGGACAAGCUGACAACGCUUUCAUUUCUUGUUUAACAAACAAUUCUUAUCUUUUUGCAUUUGGAAACAAUGACACAACUAAAAAUAGUGAUAUUGAUGUUGGCAAGUGUGGUUCAAAAUAUAAUAAAUGUACCCCGACUAGAUACACUGCACAAAGUGGAGAUCUCAUUAAUGGCCAAACAUAUACACCAAAAAGUAUUCAUGUUUUCCAACUCAGCAAUUAA